GUGGGAACAGAGCCUUUCCAAGGACCUACAGCCAUGGGAUCGUCAUCUGAUGUUGAGGUUGUGCGCUUGUGUUGUGACCUGUGCCAGGCGGAGGCUGUGGUGUCGGUGUCGGCUUGGGAUGGGGUUUUGGGUGGGCUAUUGGAUCGAAGUAUAUCGAGUCCAGACCAAAAUUUGAAGGUAUCACUUUCCUCAAAAGUAAUCAGAAACCCAUCGAAAAUGCAACAUGCGCAGAGUCUCCGACUGCACAGGGGACGUGACGGCUCCUCCUGGCCACUCCUCCCCUUCCUGACCAGCGCAGCAGAGGGUAGUGGAUGUGGUGGGUACUUGGUUUUGCAAACGUCUCUGCCACGGUAUGGUCACUCAGCAGUUGGAAUCAGGUAGUCACUAUUAUUGCUAAGGCGACAAUGACGAUCAUAGGCAUAUACGCAAGUUUGGGGAGUUGGCUUUGGUAUGUAAACUAAAAUCC